GAUGCACAUCACAACGCUUCUCCCAUCAUAAACACUGAUACACAGUGGUGACCGAGACCGUGGCAUAGAUGUUAUGUGAUCAAAUCCCUAGUUUAGCCAUUCUCUCGCAAAAGGUGUUGUGAAUCCCGUGGUAAUCAACGUCAUUUCGGUUUAGGGAUAGUGAAUGAUAAGUGCAAUAGUACUGUAAUGUUUCGGUUCAUUCAACGUGAAACGCUUUCUAGAUUGCGAACAUCACGACCGGUAAAUCGUAUUCAGCCGUGCCGGCAAGCCCAUCAGAAGCGACCCCGAGUUCCUCCGCCGGUAAGAUUGCGUAGUGAUGGCAAUCAACCGAUUACAGCUUUUGGAUGGUUUCUUUUGGCCAUCCCAGCAACGACAUUUGGCCUCGGCUGCUGGCAAGUGUAUCGGAAGCAGUGGAAAGAAGAUCUAAUCAGGACUCUCGAGUCACGUAUGCGCAUGGAACCGGUUCCCAUUCCAGAUGACUUAUCUGAGCUUGAUAAGAUGGAAUACCAAAAGGUAAUUGUCCGGGGAGAGUUCCUUCACGAUCAAGAGCUGCAUUUAGGCCCUCGUGCGUUCAUCCAGAAGGGUGAUUCAAACACCACGGGUGGUCUGUUUUCGCAGAAGGAGGCAUCGAUUGGAUAUCUGGUGAUUACGCCAUUCAAAUUGGAAGGAAGAGAGGACAAGAUCCUAAUCAACCGCGGUUGGGUACCGAAGCGAUUACUCGAUCCUGCUUCUCGCCCGGACGGCCAAAUCAAAGGCACCGUAGAGCUGCAGGGUGUCGUUCGCCUACCGGAAAAUCGUCCCCAGUUUACUCCCAAUCAAAAGGGAGCGAUUUAUAUGUAUCGAGACGUGCCCAAAAUGUCCGAACAGUGCGGAACGGAGCCAUACUUUCUUGAUGCGACGGUGGAGUCAACGGUGCCUAAUGGCCCGGUGGGUGGACAAACUCGCGUGACACUGCGAAACGAACACCUGUCGUACAUCUUCACGUGGUUCAGCUUGUCUGGAUUCACGUCGUGGCUGUGGUUCAGACAGGUUGUCAGGGGAAAGUCGUUCUAGGAUUGUUGUAGAUUUGCUAGUGCAUUUGCACUGUGCAUUGUGAAAUAAAUUUCUUUCUGUUGGA